AUGCACAAGUACCGGUUACUCUCCAAAAAGGGCGAGGGCACUUUCUCAGAAGUGCUGAAGGCCCAGUCCAUCAAGUCUGGGAAGCAUGUGGCCAUCAAAUGCAUGAAGAAUACCUUCGACAGCAUUGACCAGGUGAACAACUUGAGGGAGAUCCAGGCUCUCCGGCGGCUCGCCGGGCACGCGAACAUCAUCAAGUUGCAUGAAAUCCUCUACGACGAGCCCACGGGAAGGUUAGCGUUGGUCUUCGAGUUGAUGGACAUGAACGUGUACGAAGCGAUCAAGGGACGGAGGCACUACUUGCCCGACACGAAGACGAAGCACUACAUGUUCGAAGCCAGAUCCUUCACAAAGUGUGGCAUAGCUGCCAUGGAACGCCCGGCGGAGUUGCGACUGAUUCACGCCCUGGGGCUUGAGGUUCCGAACUUCCGCAGGGGACUCAUGGACCGCUCCAUGCUGCAAGGGCCCGAUGGCACGCAGAGGCGGAUCUGUGUUAGCACCACUCAGGUGGCGCAGGAGGCAGCUCCGGCGCCGGCGGAGGCUGGUACGGGGGCCACAUCCGGUGCGGCGCGCGGCUCAAAGAAGCAGGAAGCCUAG